AUGGAUUCUUCAUCGGAAUCAGAUCUCCCUUGGUUUCUCAAGUCAUCAGCCCCCGUUCUCUUCCCCUUCGACGAUGCCCUGAGACUGCCACAGGCUGAGUUUGAAGAAUGUAUUCGUCAGAUGAUCACGGGUCGUCACAAUGAAUCAUUCGGAAGAGAAGUCCGUGAGGAACAUUUCGCUGCUAUGGCUGAGGCUGCUGAGUCCGAGACCUUCACUCUAGUCUCCAACUCGACCUCUGCCGAAAUCCGUCAGGCUUUGAAUGCCGCGAAACUCUCGAAUCAUGCAUCCCAAGACACUGAAACUAUGGGAAGGUCUUCUCCUACCCAGGAGAUGGAGGUGGAAGAAGCCCAGCCUGUCCAGUCCAAUCCUUUCAUGGAGGGUCUUAUCAACUACGACAACGAGAAGCCAGCUCGGGACCUGGAGAACAUGAUGUACACAGAGAACGGCGAUCUCGCUUAUCGAUCUAGCCAGGACGCCCUCGUUGAUCUCUUCCAGGAACUCGAAGAAGUCGUCUCUGGUCCUCGCCUGAAGGAUCUCCUUACCCGAGCCUGGGAAGAGAACCCCCUUGCUACUCUCAGAAUCAUCUUCAACUCGCGCUCCAUCCACUUGGGCAAGAGCUCGCGCACGGUGUUUUAUCGCUGUGCCGGAUGGUUGGCGCAGAAUCAUCCCUUGACCCUCGUCGCCAACCUUCGUUGGCUCAGCCGCCCGGUCAUCAACAAGAAGGCCGAGAAGAAGGAAGACGAUGACCUUGUUCUCGUUGAAGAAGAGAACGAUGACGACUCGACCAAGUUCGACGUGAAGAAUGGAGUGGCCCAUGGCUAUUGGAAGGAUUUGCUCAAUAUCCUUGCCAUUGCGGCCAACGACAAGCUUACUGUGAUUGAUGACCCUAAGGAGGUCCUCAACACCGAGAACCCUGGAAUCCUCCGAGGCAAGAGCACCAAGAAGCCUCGCCAUCGCGACGGCCGCAGACUCCACGGACAUCAUCAUGGCGGUAUGAUAGGUGGAAGAGGGCGCGGUCGCGGUCGUGGCCGAGGCCGGGGCCAAGGAUCUCACUCAACUCGACAGGAGAUGAGUGAGCUGAACCACAAGGUCGACCCCAAGGAACUCAGACGAGAGACCAGAGAGAACCGCCAUGAGACCGCACGGGUUCUCUUUGAGACGGACCCGGUAUACCGCGCCCUACACAUGAACAUUGCCAGACUGUUCGCAGAACAGCUUAAGAAAGACAUCCAAGCUCUCACUGGAGACAACAAUGCCAAGCGCUCUAUCUCUCUGUGCGGCAAGUGGGCUCCUUCUUCCGAUCACUUUCACGACAGACACACCUUUAUCGUCACCACCAUCGCUGAGAUUCUAUACCCCCGAGCCACCAUCAACCACCCGAUGCUGAGCCCGAGAGACGACCACGAGAAGUAUCUCCGAUUCGCCCGUGAGCAAUACCGAAAGGAUACAUCUGCCCUGCGAAAGCAGCUCGAGAUCGUCGAGCGAGAUAUUACUCUCAAGAAGUACGAAAACAUCAAGUACGACCGAGUCCCCUCCCUUGCGAUGAACCAAUACUCUAAGCUGUUCAUCGAAAACGAUGCGGAGCGUUUCAGUAAAUAUCUCGAUAAGGUUGCCGAAGGAAAGGCAAAUAUCUCUGGGGCUACGCUUCUCCCCUCUACGCUGAUCCAAAAGGUUCGAACCGGCGGCUCGGCUGUCCGAUCAGGCACAAAGUCGCUUCUUGAUCAGAAGGUCGCUGAGAUCGAGUCCAAAGUCCUCGACGGGUAG